AUGAACACGAAUUCCUCCAUCCCGUCGGGAGCGUCCUCGACGAAAAGACUCAAUGUACAACCGCACAACUUAUCCGGAAGUUCUCGCUCACCUGUUCCUGCUCCGCUGGGCCACCCAAGGCACCAAAGUCCUCCAGAUAAACCGCUUCCAAGUCUUCCCGUUGCCACCGUCAAGUCUAAGUCACCUGUCCGCAGGUCCCUUAUUGACUGCACUGAGAGACCGCUUCGGCGAUCUUUGACCCCUCCCGAUGGCGGAGUUCCAAAACAAGAAGACUGGCCUGCGAUUGAGCCAACGAAAGUCGACACAGUGCCUUCAGGGGUAAGCCAGUCCGAGGUUAAGCCAAGCCUGAGCGAGAGCCUGUACGAAGGUAUGCGAGCAUUGGAUCUGCGCAACGAGGAGGAGAAGAUUGUUCAGUCAGAGCAUAACGCCGAAUUCAAAGAGAAUGCCGCUGUCACGGGGGAGCCCGAGUCGCUGUCAGAUCAAAACCAUUUUCCAGCGGUCAGAUCGGCAGUCACGGUCGAUGGCAACACCCGUCCUCUCUCAUCAAGCCAGCUACCGAAACCUCGUGAAUCUUUGCUCCGAUCACUGUCUCGUCACGCAGAUUCCCCCAUAACUUAUCGAACCAAGACCACGGCACUGCAACUUCACCAGGUAAAAACCACUGGAGGAUCUAUUGGAAAGAAGGCUGGAAGUAGGGAUGUCAUCUCUUCUGACCGCGACCGAGUUAAAUCUCCUUCGGCUCGGCGUUUUAAGCAGUCCUUUUCUGGGGGUCCAGUUCGUACAAAUUCUCAUGGUCGUUAUGGUGUUACAGGGCGAGGGUCCCCGUAUACCAUUCCCUCUCGUUCAAAUUCAAUCCAAAAGAUCGCUCCAAAGGACGAGAACAAGAUUGGUGGACAAGAAUUUCACAGCCCCAAGACGAACCAGAGUUUCGGUCAGACCCAGCACGGAACCACAGCUCAACAAUCUUCUUCAUCCGAACAAAAGUACCCCAAGAGUUCUCUUCCCUUGCCCGCUCGCCUUACUUGUCAUUCAACAGACGGAAGCACCCAUGGGUCUUUGCGCGAAAGCUCUCCUUCAGAGCCUUUUAUGAGCCUCGCUAUGAACAAACUCCGAGUCGCGGCAGAGGUCGUAGACCAUUCCGGAGAUAACUUUGCCAACAAUGGAGUCAACGAAGAUCGCGAUCCCGCUGAAACAGCUGCCAAAAACAAAGUCAGACUUUUGAAUGUUAAAGAAAUGCUGUCCACAACAGCGCUCCGCGAUGACGAGUCCUUCAUUGAUAGUGACGGCGAGUCUGGGGUGAGCAUUCAUGGUUACGAUGUCUUUGGAGGGUAUCGAGUUCGGCGCGUUGGGAACGGGUCUAGGAUGGGUCCGACUCUUCGUAUCACGGAUUCUGCAAGUCGUGUUCUGCUCGGUAAAGGAGACGACGACGUUAUGGGCAAGCGACGUCCUAAGCCUUCUUUGAGACGCAAGGGAAGUGCGCCUGAUAUUGGCUCUCCACGCAUUGCGAAAGAUCAAGUCCGUCGAUCUAGUGCAAUCUUCAGUCGCCCUAUGUCUCUCGUGAGAAGCCUCACAGACCGAUCUCUCAACCAGCAUAAGGACACAGAUCAAGAGGAGACUGAAAACCUCAUGGGUGAGGAUGGAUCUGUGGAUACCGUCGUGCGAGCAGAACUUCCAGACAACAGUAUCAAUCCCCAAUCAGGCCUGCUCGAGGACCUAGACACCGAUGUCAGUGGCAAGGAAAAGACGAAGAGCGGGACGUCUGUUUACCAGACAACUCUAGCCCCGCCUCAGUGUGACUGGCCUUGCAAGGACUUUGCGACUUUUAGGACGCAGGCUGGCUCUACAACUGUCGCAGCGGAGCAGAAGGGGAACAUCUCCCGUAGUAUGGCUGAGGAAGUUGCCACGAUGCGACCAACACCCAGCUCUUUGUCGAGACCACCUACCAUUGUCCUGCCUAUCGCCCCGAGUAAAGAGACAGCACCUUUCUUGUUCCAGGAUCUAGAACAAGAACAAGCCAAACAAGAGAAACUUGUCAAUGACCUUGCCAAAGCGACAUAUGCCGAUGCGGCAACAGUCUCUGAACCCAAGACUACUACAAUGUAUCCACCGCGCACUUCGUCGCGGAAGCCCAAACCGCCUCCAAUCAUUGUCUCUCCCCCUGAGCGUCAUCUCAACUCGGUAAGCUUCCUUGCACAGCAAGCACCAAAAGCAUACGCGGUCAAGCAGGAGAACAUCAAAAAGCCACGCAACGUAAAGACAUUUUCACAGAGCAUUUCUCCACACACUGACUCCGUCAAGGGAAGGAAGAUCUCACACGUCCUGGCACAUAGUCCUUCGAGUUCCAGCAAGAAGAAAGUCAUCUCCAACAUCCGGGGUUUGUUCCAUAAGAAGUCGGUUGAAUCGAACAAAGCAGCAACAACAGUGGUCGGAAGUGAUGGUUUAUCAAAUGAGCUGAACUCGAACCCGUCCAAAGCGGUCAGUGGCCCUGGCUCCCUACGUCGCAAGCCAGUCCCAAUAUCGGCUUCAGGAGAUAGAGAUGACAAAGUGAUCCGUCCACUUCAAGUGGAUGCUAACGCCAACGGACAAGUGGGACAAGGCAAGUUCAUGCCAACCCGAAACGGCCUGACCGAACCUGAUUAUCCUUCCCUCAACCAUGAAAGCCAGACGACAGAACCAGGGCACCAGAUAAACCGCAUGGGCUCGAGAGCGUUGAAGCGGAAGAAUCCUUUCAUGAGCCCGACUACACCCUUCACAGCAAAUCUCAACACGUCAAUAUAUCUAACUUCGCCGCUCACGAGCAGCUUAGCCGCCGCCAACACCACGAAUAACAAGAUUGCCUCUCCCACGACCCACGCCCAUCCUCAAGCUCGAUCACCAACAGCUUCGUCCCCAACUACCCCACCGACGCUGGCUACAACAACCAACAUAACUCAUUCUCUCCUCGACCUCGCGCACACCUCGACCGAUCCCAACCGCAAGACUUACCUCAUCGAGCUAUCAAAGUGUAUGGUUGAAGUCGUUAGUUCGGCCAGAGACGCGGAAAAGGCAAUGGAGAAGGCCCGGGUGGAGGCAAGCAGAGCAGAGUGUGCCUGGCUGAAGUGUUUGAAGGAGGUUGGACAGGUAGAAGGGCUGAUUAAGGGGAUUGUCCACCCCGAGACAUGGACGAAGUGA